UUGUUGAGCAAAAGUUUAGUUUCUUCUUUAGCAUUUUAUUGUAGCGUUAACAUGAUUAAUAUAUGGAUAUUUUUGUUGACCAUGAGUAGCUUUGCAAAAAGUGUUGCUCUUCUUGAAAAAGAAUUAUUUAUAAAGGAUGUUUCGUUUUCAAACCUUUUAUGUCCGCUAGCUACCAUAGACCUUGGGCUGCAUAGUAGGGCCACAAAAUGUGCUUCCGCAUGUUCACAGAAACCCGCAUGCAGAAGUUUCUUCUAUAACAAACAUGACCAACUUUGUAAAGGAGCACCAGGAAUUUUAACAUCAACCGCAGGAUGUGCAUUGCAGUCUGGUACCUUAUAUUUUCAUACAACAGAUAUCACGACUACUACUUCUACUACAACGACGACCACCACAGUUCCGUCGAGCCAGUAUGGAAGGCCAUGCACGGGUGCCGCAGAUUGUACAAUAACUUACGGAAAGUGUCUACGAAGCACGUGCGAAUGUCAAGCAGGCUACAGUUAUAAAUCAUCCACCGAUUCUUGCGUCUCAAAUUGUGGAAACUAUGGCUCGACAUAUAGCGAAUAUCUUAACGUGGACUUGGCUGUUACUCAUUCUGGAGAGUAUCAUUUUACUUCUUUGGCACGAUGCCAUAAAUAUUGUUCUGAUACAAGCUCAUGUCGUGGCGUCAACUACAGUCCACUUUUCAACGGCGGGAUGUGUAGACUUAAAUCACGAUUAGACCCGACUUUAUUUGUGUCGUUUAAUGGCAUUAACUUUUAUACAAGAAAUUGUGCCUAGUUGCGAAUGAAUUAUUUCAAUGAAGUAGUUUAAACUCUG